CCAUGUCUUUAAAGGGAGGAGUCGUCGGUCGCGGGCGAGGGAGGAAACGUGAUGAUGCCGUUGAUGACGACGCUGGGGGGGGGAUACGGAGGAGGGCGGCAUGUGACAAAGGCGGAACGGGUCCGUGUGGACAUUGCGUCAGUGACUGGCAUGCAAAUGGAGGGUGACGGGUGGGAAAGACCAGGCGCUAGCGACGACAACGACGUCUUCACAACCCCCGCUCCUCAAGUUCCGCCGCCGGUUAUGCCUUCCAAUGUUCGCGGACGUGUUGCAACAUCGUCCGCGCAGGCUCGGACACGCGAAGAACGCAUCAUCAACGUUGAUGUCGAUGAAGUUGUGAGGGCGGACGAUGGCGAAGGGGGUGCAAUGGUCGCACCUUUAACGACGCCGCAAGGGAGGAAUCGCCCAGUCGCCGGAACCGGGCCAACUGCGAUCAGCCAUCAAGUGGCUAUGGCGACGAGUCGACGACGCCUCGUCAGCAAUAUGCAGGUGACGAUCGUGGAUCUGGUGGUGCGGCCGACGCAGGCGAGGCAGGAGAUUCGGCGCAGCCCUGCCAUGCGGGUGGUGACAUCGAACACGUGGCGACUAUACAACAUCGUGAACGACACAUGUGAGCACCUCGUGGCCAUUGCGAGUGGACUUCCUCUCCCGGAAGUCCCCAGAAGCGUCAUCAUGUCGAGAUCAAACGUGACACAGAUGAGGCUUACGGAUGCAGGGCAGCUGAAGGGAGCGCUGAGUCGUGCAUCGAAAUGCCAGAAUGUGGCGAUGCGGGUUUUGCAUGGGUGGGUCUUCAAGUCGGGAUGCAGAGAAAGGGGAUACACUCUCGCCUUCCAGUACGUCCUGGAAUCAGUGGCGACCAACAUUGCACAUGCAAUGUGGCAUGGUGAGGAGUGGAGCAAUGUGGUGAGCCCAACAGUUUGCGCGCAUACGCUGGACCUGGGGAUGGACCUGCCGCUGUGGUACGCAUGUGUGGGCAUUGAAGACAGGCCGAGGGACGACGACAUGGCAUCUUACCAGGAGGCGACUCUUAUGCGACUGGUCGCGACUUUCAGCACGGCGGUUGAAACAGGGCAAUCAAUCGACUGCGGAUGCAUCACUCACGAACGUCUGUGGCAUGUGGCCGAAAGCUUCAAGGUCCUGUUGGCAGCGUCCAUGUGGAUCAUGCGAAUGUCGGGAGACGAUCUGAGGUCCCACUACGAAUCUUUUUAUCUCGCCAACCUCGCCACGAAGCCCAUGUUUGUUGCGUCCAUGCAUCGUGCCUUCGACCAUCGACGUCAUAUCUUGACCACGGUGAACUCUGUGACCGAACGACUGGGGAAGGCGCAGGCGACGACAACGACGAUGACGAAGAUGGCUGAGCGCCGAGGGGGGGGGGGGUGCGUGGACGACCGUGAUCAUGAUGCUGCGAUGAUGAUGAUGCGGCUUCAAACGUGGAAAGCACGACAACGCGAUGAUGAUGAUGAUGAUGAUGAUGAUGAUGAUGAUGACGAUGAUGAUGAUGAUGACGAUGACAAUGACGAUGAUGAUGAUGAGAUGAUGAUGAUGAGGAGGAGGAGGAGGAGGAGGAGGAGGAUGACGACGGUGGUGAUGAUGAUGAUGAUGAUGAUGAUGAUGAUGAUGAUGGUGAUAAUGAUUAUGGCGAGCAUGACGGUGAAGCUAACCGCCAUGAUCACGACGAUGAUGAUGACGAUGACGAUGAUGAGGCGGAAGUCGAUCCACGACGACGCCGUCCACGUGGCGACGAUACUGCCGCUGGCAGAGGCCGUGCUCUCGCCCGCCAUGACGGCGUCAUCACUUCGCGCGGGCGAACGGUCUUCUCCAUUUUGUAGUUCAUGCGACUGCGGUCGUGGUCGCUGUUGUUAAUAUGGUCGGUAGGGCGGCCCGAUUCGUUUCAUUGUUAUAUUACUUUUUAGUUAGUUUUUUUUUUUUUUCUUAAUGUUUUCUUUCGGUAGUGGUGAACGACGAAUUCGUGCGCGUGUUGACGCCUUCCCGGAGCGGCUGCUGUCGGCAGGAACACAUAAAACAUGUUCUCGCAGUUUCAUUUUCUUCGGGGAAGCUAAACCGGUAGAGGUUGGGGAGAGUGCAAACGGGGGAAUUUUUUUACCCGCCGUCAUGUGUGUGUGCGCUUUCAGAUUUCGCAGUAAGGGACCAUUCUUGUACCUUGUUUUGGGAAGAGUUUGCAAAGCUUGUCAUCGGCAAGCCACAUUA